ACAUUAUCAAACACAAUCUUGAUCCGCACUCAGGCAGCAGAUUUUGAACAAAGACUCGCCAUUUCCAGUCAAUGCAUCGCACGAUCACCUAAUCAGGAUAAUCCCCGUUCACAUUACUGUAGUCCACUUCAUGCUCUACACUACAAACGGAGCUGCUCGAGCUACUUGCACGAGACGCAGCGGACACAGGCUAGCAAGCAACGCACGCUCGCGAUGUGUCCUAGCCGCAGCUUCCUGCUCCCCAUCCUCCUCCUCGCCCUCCUCGCCGGCGAUGGCUCUGACCACGCGGCCGUGCUCGCCGCGGACCAGUUCACCUACAACGACUUCUCCGGAGCCAACCUGACCCUCGACGGCCUGGCCGCCGUGGCGCCGAACGGGCUCCUGGCGCUGAGCAACGGCACGAGCCAGGCGGCCGGGCACGCGUUCCACCCGACGCCCGUCCGCAUGCGGAACAAUAACGGCGCCGCCCAGUCCUUCUCCGUCGCCUUCGUCUUCGCCAUCGUCUCCAACUUCACGGUGCUGAGCGACAACGGCAUGGCGUUCGUGGUCGCGCCCAGCACCAGGCUCUCCACCUUCAACGCCGGCCAGUACCUCGGCAUCCUCAACGUCACCGACAACGGCAAGGCCGAGAACGGCGUCUUCGCCGUCGAGCUCGACACCAUGCUCAACCCGGAGUUCCAGGACAUGAACAGCAACCACGUCGGCGUGGACGUCAACAGCAUGAGGUCCGUGCAGAACCACUCCGCGGGGUACUACGACGACGCCACGGGGGUGUUCAGCAACCUGAGCCUCAUCAGCCGGCAGCCGAUGCAGGUGUGGGUGGACUACGACGGCGCCACCACCCGGCUCGACGUCACCAUGGCGCCCCUCGACGUGCCCAGGCCCAGGAAGCCCCUCAUCUCCGCGCCCGUCAACCUCUCGGCGGUACUCGUGACGGACACGGCCUACGUCGGGUUCUCGGCGGCCACGGGAGUCAUCUUCACGCGCCACUACGUCCUCGGCUGGAGCUUCGCGCUCAACGGGCCAGCGCCGCCGCUCGACACCUCGAAGCUCCCGGCGCUGCCGCGGUUCGGCCCGAAGCCCCGGUCCAAGGUGCUGGAGAUCGUGCUCCCUAUCGCCACGGCGGCUUUCGUCCUCGCGCUGGCCAUCGCCUUCUUCCUGUUCGUGCGGACGCGGGUGAGGUACGCCGAGGUGCGCGAAGACUGGGAGGUGGAGUUCGGGCCGCACCGGUUCUCGUACAAGGAGCUGUACAAGGCCACAAAGGGGUUCAAGAACAAGCAGCUGCUCGGCACCGGCGGCUUCGGCAGGGUGUACAAGGGCGUGCUCCCAAAGCCGAAUCUCGAGAUCGCGGUGAAGCGGGUGUCGCACGACUCGAAGCAGGGGAUGAAGGAGUUCAUCGCGGAGGUGGUCAGCCUGGGCCACCUGCGGCACAGGAACCUCGUGCAGCUGCUCGGCUACUGCCGCCGGCAAGGCGAGCUGCUCCUGGUGUACGACUGCAUGCCCAACGGCAGCCUCGACAAGUACCUGUACGACAAGACCAAGCCCGUCCUGGACUGGGGGCAGAGGUUCCAGAUCAUCAGGGGCGUGGCGUCCGGCCUGCUGUACCUCCACGAGGACUGGGAGAAGAUCGUGAUCCACCGUGACGUCAAGGCCAGCAACGUGCUCCUGGACGGGGACAUGAACGGCAGGCUGGGCGACUUCGGGCUCGCGAGGCUGUACGACCACGGGCUGGACCCGCAGACGACGCACGUGGUGGGCACGAUGGGCUACCUGGCGCCGGAGCUGGUGCGCACGGGCAAGGCGACGCCGGUCACGGACGUGUUCGCCUUCGGCGUGUUCGUGCUGGAGGUGGCCUGCGGGCGGCGCCCGCUGGGGUGCGCCGCGCCCGACGAGCAGAACGUGCUGCUGGACUGGGUGCAGGAGCACCAGCGGAGGCACGCGGCGCUCGACACCGUGGACCCGAGGCUGUGCGGCAAGUACGACGCCGACGAGGCGCGGCUGGCGAUCAAGCUGGGGCUCAUGUGCGCGCACCCGCUGCCCGACGCGCGGCCCCGGAUGCGGCAGGCCACGCAGUACCUGGAGGGCGAGGUGCCCAUGCCGGACCUCGUGCCCACGUUCCUCAGCUACACCACGCUCGCGCUGAUGCAGAACGACGGGUUCGACUCCUUCGCCAUGUCGUUCCCUUCCACGGUCAGCACCAGCGUCAGCCCCAUUUCCGGUGACGUCUCGGCCGUGUCCGGCCUAUCCGGCGGGAGGUGAAUCGACAAGCAAUGUUAAGGACUCUUGAUUUCUCUUUAUGCUGUUAGGCAUUCUCGUACGCGUCAUCAGGCCAUCUCGUGUGGACUAACAUGUAGAGCACCAGUUGUAAGUUGUAACUUGUAACCACUGCUAGCUCCUAAUGCUGGAUAACUGCGAGUUUUCUGGAAUAGAAUAAUCUGGAACCUGCGAGUGCAAUGUU